AACAACACGACGGACGUGGAGCUGGCGGCGGUGGACUGUGACCAGGCCACGACGACACGCUCAGCGAGGAGACGGGCGCCUUCAUGCAGGGUGCCCGCCUUGCUCUACACCACCCUCGGGGGCCAGAGGCGUCUGCGCGUCCACAACCUCAGUCUGAACUGCAGCUCCCAGCUGAUGGAGCUGUUCAAGAGCUGCGAGACGGACUCGCUCAUCAACUUCUUCGCCAAAACAGCCUGCCGUGCCAUCCUGAAGCAGCCACUGAAGAGCGUCCGGGAGAUCCUGGUCAACCAGACCGCCCACAUGCUGGCCUGCUACCGCAAGAACUGUGCCAGCCCCUCUGCCGCCAGCCAGCUGAUCCUGCCGAGACCAUGAAGGUGUUCCCGGUGUACAUGAACAGCCUGAUGAGGACGGCCCCGCUGGUGGGCAGCACGGAGCUGUCCACGGACGACCGCGCCCACCAGCGGCUGGCCGUCAUGGCCAUGGGCGUGGAGGACACCCAGCUGCUGCUGUACCCCCGCCUCAUCCCACUGCACAACAUGGAGCUGGAGGGCGAGGCGGUGCCGUCGCCGCUGCGCUGCUCCGAGGACCGCCUGUCCGACGGCGGAGCCUUCCUGCUGGAGAACGGCCACGCCCUCUUCCUGUGGCUGGGCCAGGCCUGCCCCCCCGAGCUCAUCCAGGGGCUCUUCAACCUGCCCUCGCUCGCUCACCUGCAGCCCAACACGAUCGGUGGGUCGCAGAAUUCGGUGUAAUCCCGGUGCACCGGGACACGGAGCUGUUCGCCUACGGUGGCUGUGGACCUGGGGUGAGUGCCUCGCACCUGACCCCCUAGAUAGGUUAGAUUGCACUCACCAAGGAAAGCUUAGGAACACACAUAGGUUACGGGUUGUCUACCCGGGUAAUAACGAGCGCAGUAGGUCAGCUUCGUAACGUCCACGUCCCCAGAGUUGAUCACUGAUAGCUCUAGCCACUGCGCCACCUUCAGUUAAAGUUUAAAAUAGACUUGACAAUUCACAUAGCAUUGUUCACUUGAAAUUGAUUAUAAUAUCAGUUGUUCAUAUCAGACAGACAGUUAUUCGCACUCAUCCAUUCACCCACAUGGGUUCGAUUCCGGCCUAGGGCUAGGCCGGAAUCGAACCUAUGUCUCCAGAACAGCUAGGUAACAGCUCUACCACCUGCGCCACAGAGGCACCAGCAAGGUACUGGUGAGAGGUUAUAAUUUACUUUACAGUUCACUUGAAAUUGAUCAUUGUAAUGUAUUUUGAUUCCAGGGAAAGUAAUCUAUGUGUGAGCUGAACCCACGAGGAGCACGUGUCAUUGGUGGGACUUGAACCCAGGUCUGCAGUGCUUAUGAAGGUCAGUCCUUAAAGACGUCAGUAAACUCCACUAGACCACAUACAUCCUGCAUUUGAGCGCACACGAUGUUGAUAAGAAAAUCCUCCUGUCUCUGUACAUUCUAACUACCAGUAGCACUUCUGAGAUUCACAGACUGUGUGUCUCGGUGGCGCAAUGGAGCAAGACGCCGUCUGCUGUUGAAAAAUUCAACCUUAUCUGACGACCUGGGUUCGAGUCCUGGCUAAAAUAUUUGUGGUUUUUUUACACUUUUACCAAACAAGAGGUGCCUCUGUGGUGGCGCUGUUCCUAUCUGUUCUGGGGACAUGGGUUUGUUUCCUGCCAUGGGCAGUUCGUGGGAACAACUGUCUAGUGAAGGGAUCCAUUCGCUCACACAUUCAUUUCGAAUGACUGUCUGGGAGAAUGGCUGUGAAUGAGUGCACUCAUUCACAGCCAUCCUCUCUCCCAGACAGUCAUUCAUUCCGAAUCACUGUUUGUGCUAAUUGAUUAUUGUGAAUUAAGUCAUUCACAGUAAUCAAUUCACACAGACAGUUAUUCACACUCAUCCAUUCACCAUACUUUCAUUCCCACAAAACCUGCCAUGGCAGGAUUCAAACCCAUGUCCCCAGAACAGAUAGGUAACAGCUCUAUCACCUCCACCACAGAGACACUGGGUCAGACUUAAUCAGAGUUCAUAAUUGACUUAACAAUUCACAAGAAAUUGAAUGUCAAUAAUAUCAUUCUUAU